AUGGUUCUCGAGUAUGCAGAUCAUGGAAAUAUUUUUAAUUGGAUAAGCAAGCACAAUAAAGGUUUUGAUUGGUCACUUAAAUUAUUUAAACUUACUUAUAUUAUAAGUGGUCUUCAAGAAAUUCAUAAAAAAAAGAAGGUUCAUCGAGAUUUUCAUACAGGAAAUAUAUUAUAUAAAAAUAAUAGAAGUAUUACUUUGGAUAUACGCAUUUCGGAUAUGGGAUUAUGUGGAGAAGUUGGUAAUAUAGAUGAAAAUAACGUUUAUGGAGUUUUGCCUUAUGUAGCUCCUGAAGUGUUAAGAGGAAAACCUUAUACGCAAGCAGCAGAUAUAUAUAGCUUCGGUAUGAUUAUGUAUUUUAUAGCAACUAUAAGACAACCUUUUCAAGAUUGUGCACAUGAUCAAUAUUUAGCAUUAGAUAUAUGUAAAGAAAAUAAAAGGCCUGAGAUAAAUGAGUUAGAAGCACCAAAAUGUUAUAUUGAUUUAAUGAAAAGUUGUUGGGAUCCAGAUCCGAAAAACAGGCCAAGUGCUAAUAGAGUACGUAAAUUGAUUAAG